AUGAACAACACGAGCAGCAAUCAAGAAGGUGACCAUAUCGUUGACCCGGAAAAUAACGACGACUACAAUCCCAUCGACCCUGUUUUCUUCUUAAUAAUCGUGAAAUGUGUCUGCUGUUCAAUCGGAAUUCCACUCAACGUUUCGAUCAUCGUCACCAUCAUUCGCUAUCACCAGUUUCGCAGUAAACCGCGCAAAAUUUUCCUACUGGGAAUCCUCUUUUCUAAUUUGUCGUUUUUCGCCCCUGCCCUGAUCAAACUCAUUUACUGGGGAUUCUAUCCAGUCGAAUCCGUGUGUAAAACAUAUGUCGCACUUGUCGGUUUGCCACAAAGUUUGCUCUUGUCCAACAUGUUACUCGCCCUUGUGGACAGGUAUUUAGCCAUUAAUGACCCCUGGGCCCAUCGAGAAAAGAUGACGGUUCGUCUAGCGUGUCCCGUUGUCGUAAUCUGUUCCGCAUUGAUCGUGUUAAUCCUCAAAUUUGUUUACAUCGCUGGACUAGUUCCACUCCGCUGUCAAGAGCUGCCCAUUCACUCCAACAUUCUGGCGGCAGUUUUAGUAACGCUUUUCCUCUCGUGCAUCGUGAUGAAUUUCAUCGUUUACCGGCAGACGAAAAUUCACCUACGUCGUGAUUCCCGAACGCUAAGCCCACAGGGCACCAAUGAAGAGGCUCAAGAGAUUCCUCUAAAUGACAGGAGCGCACGAGGAUCGGCCAGCAUAUCCCUCAACGAUCAUUUGGCCAAUAACAGGCGAAUGUCCAUCCAUGUUGACAGAAGGAAAUCAUUCGAAAUGGAAAUCGAAGCCACUUGUACCUUGAUUAUCGGCGUGGCAUCUCUUUUCGUGACGGUUUUCCCGAUGUUUAUCUUGCUCUUGAUUAUUAUGAUGUGUCAACUGGUUUACAACGAAGAACUCGAAUGCAGUAACCUCACUUGGUUGAUGACAUAUUUCAAGGAACUGGGCUCCAUCCAUGCUGUUUAUAGCCCAUUGAUAUUUCUGGUGAGAAACAAAGAAUUAAGAGUGGUGUUAUUUGAUUGCUUCCAAUAA